GUCGCACCACUCCUAGCCCGACCCUCGCAGAAAAAGAGAAUCCGUCGCCGGAAAAAAUCACAGGGAGAGAGAGUUCGUUAGCACGCCUCACAUUUUGGAAAUUCUUAAUACGUUGACUUUUACAUUUUUUUUUAGCUCUUAAUAAUCUAUAUUUAGCAGUGACAGCUGACAUAGUAAAACUCAAAUUCAUUCUCCUAACCGAACCCAUUGCUGGGUGAAGUUCAGCGUCUAUGUUUAGAUGCUGUCCCAAUAAAAAUUACAGAAGUGAAUCAGGAACGAAAUUCGGAUUAUAUUAAUCUGAUUUGUUCAGUUUGUGAUUAAAAACAAUUCAAGUUUCAAGGCCGAGGUCUGAAGGGGUGUCAUGGCCGAGAAAUUGAAUGACACCGUGGAAGACGACGCUGUGGAAAAACCUGACUCGAAAGAAAAGAAGUUGUCUUCAAAGGUGAAGGAAAAGAGUGCAAGCUUCAACGAUCGAGGAAUAUGUGUGAGAGCGGACAAGAUUGAUUUCAAGGAUUGGGAUUGUCAGCUGGACAAGCACUUGAAUAAGGUUUUGUCGAGAGAGGCAACGCGGAAGAGGAAGGAAGACUGGGAGAUCGAUUCCUCCAAAUUGGACAUACGGCGUGCUAUCGAUCACGGAGCCUAUGGAACAGUCUACCGUGGCGUUUAUGACGGCCAAGACGUUGCUGUGAAGGUAUUUGAUUGGAGGGACACUGACAAGGAAGCAGCCGCUAUUCGGGCAUCGUUUCAGCAAGAGGUUGCUGCUUGGCAUAAGCUUAACCAUCCAAAUGUCACAAAGUUUGUUGGAGCUUCCAUUGGGAACUCGUUUGUGAAAAUUUCUUCUGAAGACAUAUCAAAUGAAGUUUAUUCAUUUAUUCCGGCCCAGGCCUGUUGUGUUCUUGAGUUUGUUCCUGGAGGGACGCUGAAGAAGUUUCUGAUGAAGAACAGAAGGAAGAAACUGGAUUUUGAUGUUGCAAUCCAACUUGCUUUGGACCUCUCCAGAGGUUUGAGUUAUCUUCACUCAAAGAAGAUUGUGCACCGGGACGUGAAGACAGAAAAUAUUUUAUUGGAUGCAAACGGAACUGCGAAAAUUGCUGAUUUUGGCGUUGCUCGAAUUGAGGCUCUGAACCCAUGUGAAAUGACUGGGGGGGUUGGAACCCCUUGCUACAUGGCACCAGAGGUGCUUAAUGGUAAGCCUUACAAUAAGAAAUGUGACGUCUACAGCUUUGGGAUAUGCUUGUGGGAGAUAUAUUGCUGUGACUUGCCUUAUCCUACUCACAAGUUUUCUGACGUAUUUACUGGAGUUGUCCGACAGAAUUUGCGACCAGAAAUCCCAAGAUGUUGCCCAAGUUCACUGUCGAGAAUCAUGCGAAAAUGUUGGGAUGAAGACCCGGACAAGCGUCCUCAGAUGGAGGAAGUGGUGAGAAUGUUGGAGGCAAUAGAUACAAGCAAGGGAAGACGCAUGAUUUCAAAGGACCAAUCUAGUUUUUGGUGUUUUUGUCCUGGUGGAGUCCUUUAAUUUUCUGCAUCUCUCUCUUCAUCUAUGUUCUGAUUUCCUUUUAUCAUGUUUAUGGUAGGAGCUAGAUCUCUGUAGACUUUUACUUUUUUUUUUUUUUUUUUUGAAUUAGAGCAGCAUUUUAUUUUAA